GCCGUCACCUAUCAAUGGAAAUGUGUGUUGCUCUGAUAAAGUAAAUAUUGACUUACAAUGAUUCCCAGAUAUUUCUACAGUAUAUUUUAUUAACAAUAAAAUGUAUAAAUAUUAGAAAAAAUGUUGUGGUGAUGAAUAGUGUAAAAGUCGUGAAGGCAUUAAUGAAUGUGAUUUGUGUAGUGACAAAAGUAUAAAUAUAAAAUAUAUUGCAAAAUGGCGCAUCAAUUGGCACCUUCAGUGAAUUGUUCAUUAGAUGAUAUUGAUUUGAACGCUUUGAAGGAUCCAGCCGGAAUAUUUGAACUUAUAGAAGUAGUCGGAAAUGGAACAUAUGGGCAAGUCUACAAGGGGCGCCAUACGAAAACCGGUCAACUUGCUGCCAUCAAGGUGAUGGACGUCACUGAAGAUGAGGAGGAGGAAAUCAAGCUAGAAAUAAACGUACUUAAAAAAUAUAGCAAUCAUAGAAAUAUAGCUACUUACUAUGGCGCUUUUAUUAAGAAAAGUCUUCCUGGGAAGGAUGAUCAGCUGUGGCUUGUCAUGGAGUAUUGUGGAGCAGGUUCAGUAACUGAUUUAGUGAAAUCAACUAAAGGGCAGAGUUUGAAAGAAGAAUGGAUAGCUUAUAUUUGUAGAGAAAUUUUAAGAGGCCUUGGUUAUUUACACACAAAUAAAGUAAUUCAUAGAGAUAUAAAAGGACAAAAUGUUUUGCUUACAGAUAAUGCUGAAGUUAAGCUAGUGGAUUUUGGAGUCUCUGCUCAAUUAGACAGAACAAUUGGAAGGCGAAAUACAUUUAUUGGUACUCCUUAUUGGAUGGCUCCAGAGGUAAUUGCAUGUGAUGAAAAUCCUGAUGCUACUUAUGAUAAUAGAUCAGAUCUUUGGUCAUUGGGUAUAACGGCAUUGGAAAUGGCUGAAUCUCAGCCUCCACUCUGUGAUUUGCACCCGAUGAGGGCAUUGUUUUUAAUACCACGAAAUCCCCCACCAAGAUUAAAAUCUAAAAAAUGGGCUAAAAAAUUUCAUACAUUCAUUGAAACUGUUUUAGUGAAAGACUACCAUCAGCGACCAUACACUGAACAACUUUUAAAACAUCCAUUUAUAAAGGAUCAACCAACAGAAAGACAAGUUAGAAUACAAUUAAAGGAUCACAUUGAUAGAUGUAAAAAACGAAAACAAGAGAAAGAGAGGGAAGAUUAUAGAUACUCUGGAUCAGAUAAUGAAGAAGAGGAGGUGGGUCUUGCUGGUGAACCGUCGAGUAUUGUUCAAGCACCAGGAGGUGAUACAUUGAGAAGAAACUUCCAACAAAUUCAGGAGGGUCGAACGCUAUCACAAUUGGAAGGGCCAGCGAGUAGUGCACCAGCAGUAAACAGAGGUGGCGGUGCAAGCCGGCCAAGUGGAAAGGAAGCACAAGAACCUCCACCAGAGCCUGGGCCACCAGCCCGUCCGGCACCUCUGCCGCAAAGGCUUAUUGUUGUACCAGAUCCACCACAAGCAACACCCCCUCAACAACAUCCUGCUAGGUACAGGCCUCUUCCGCCGACACCUAGAUCUUCUUCAAAUGCAACUCCAGCACAGCCGCAAAGAAAUUCACAACAUGCAUUCAAGCCUAUGUUGCCUCCACGCAGACCUGAGGAUUUAGAUAUGUUGGCAGCACAAUUAAAUGAAUUAGGAGUGUCUUCACCUCAGCCUGAAGCACCACCUAGGAACAGUAGACCUAAGGCACCACCUCCUACUAAUAAUCAUACGACAUCCAAUAAUAUUUUGGAGCCAUUGGAUAGCAGUGACUCUGAUUCAGAACCUGAGGAGAGUAAUGGUCGUGUUCAUAAUGAUGGUACCCUAUUAGCAAGUGAUCCCCCGAAGCCUCUACCCGAAUUUUCUUACAGGCCCGGGCUUGUAGCAGUUACAGAAGAUAGUAAUGGUCAAGGAGGUUCUUCUGGAGUAAACUCAGCACACCCUCCAGGUGGGCCCCCAAAUAGACCAUUGCCACCCACUCCUGAUGAUGAUGAUGCUCAAGGUGAUCGAACACUUGUUAUGAAAAGGAAUCGUGGUGAAUCCAGUGGCUUAGGCACGCCGGGUACUAGGACAAGUGGCGUUCUUCCAGAUCUCGUUAGUCAGGCCUCACCGGCUACCCCACCUUCAAGACAUGACAAGUCUUCUAGUGAAGAGUAUUGUCAAGCAGUCAGUUCCGCGCAUUCCACUCCUUCUCGAUCAAUCCAGUAUUCAUCAAAUCCUUCCACUCCAACGAGCGCUCUGGCUCAAUCCGUUCUUUCGGCUAUCACUUCUCCUGAUCAUUGUCCUACAACUCCUUUAUCUCAUGGUCAAUUACCACCUUAUUCGCUCGCUUUACAACAGAAACAGAGGAGCUUUUUAACAUUUGGAUUUGGGGCCGGAUCAGGACCUAGCAGGCGAGAAAGCCAUGUUAAUGUAAACGUAACGCCUACGUCGCAUGAUAUGUCAUCAGACACACCAGAGAUACGAAAGUAUAAGAAGAGGUUUAAUAGUGAAAUACUUUGUGCAGCAUUGUGGGGUGUGAAUCUUCUCAUAGGAACUGAAAAUGGUCUAAUGUUAUUGGAUAGAUCUGGUCAAGGAAAAGUUUAUCAAUUAAUAUCUAGAAGACGUUUCCAACAAAUGGAAGUAUUGGAGGGUCAAAACAUAUUGGUUACUAUUUCAGGCAAGAAAAACCGCGUAAGAGUCUAUUAUUUAUCAUGGCUCAAGUCUAAAAUACUUAGAACUGAUGGACAAUCAGAUCAAGUUGAAAGAAGAAAUGGUUGGAUAAAUGUGGGAGAGUUACAAGGUGCAGUUCAUUUCAAGAUUGUGAAAUAUGAGCGCAUCAAAUUUUUAGUGAUUGCAUUAAAAGAUUCUAUAGAAAUAUAUGCUUGGGCUCCUAAACCAUAUCAUAAAUUCAUGGCAUUUAAAAAUUUCAAAGAACUUGUACAUCGGCCUUUGUUAGUUGAUUUAACAGUUGAGGAUGGUACUAGGUUAAAAGUUAUUUAUGGAAGUGCUGAUGGAUUUCAUGCUGUUGAUCUCGAUAGUGCUUCUGUGUAUGAUAUAUAUUUGCCCAAACAUACGCAGGGAGCAAUUUCACCUCAUUGCAUUGUACCUCUACCUAAUUCCAAUGGAAUUCAAUUGCUUUUAUGUUAUGAUAAUGAAGGAGUUUAUGUUAAUACUUAUGGUCGAGUGUCUAAGAAUAUUGUGCUUCAGUGGGGCGAAAUGCCAACAUCUGUGGCUUACAUUGGAACUGGACAGAUCAUGGGAUGGGGUAACAAAGCAAUUGAAAUUCGUUCAGUUGAGUCAGGUCAUCUUGAUGGAGUUUUUAUGCAUAAAAAAGCACAAAGACUUAAGUUCUUAUGUGAGCGUAAUGAUAAAGUGUUCUUUAGCUCUGCGAAAGGUGGAUCAUCAUGUCAGAUUUAUUUCAUGACUCUAAAUAAACCAGGUAUGGCUAAUUGGUAGAUAACAUUAAGAACUGUAUAGUAAUUUUAAUCCAAAAUCCUAAAUGAGUUAUGUAUACUAUAACAAAUUUCAGCUGUACUUUGUGUAAAUUUAUUUUUAUAAACCAGAAGGAUAAUUACAAAAGUUUAUG